UCCUGCGUGCGCGGCCGCGCCUUUAUUACCCUCGCGCAGCUGGCGGCAGGGGCUCCCCUCGCACCACCACCACACCGCCCCGUCCCCCCCGAGAAAGCAAGCGGACCAGCGCGGCGACGGAGGAGUCAGCCGCCAUCGAGGAGAAGAAGGAAAGCGCCCGGAGCCGAGAGCCGGAGAGCGCGCCGCCCGCCCGCCUAACGACAGGAGAAGAGGCCCUUCCCCACCUACCGAGGAGGCGAGAAGCGGAGGGGUCAGACAGGGCGCCAUGUCCUCCUCGUCGUCGUCGAUGGGGGGCUCCCUGGCGCUCGCGGCCGCCACGGCCGUCGCGUUCUCGGGCUCCCUCGUCAUCUUCUCGCUCUGCCGCGCCCACCUGUCCCACGACGCCGACGCCGACCCUGCCCCGGCCGGGGCCCUCCGCCCCUGCCUCUCCUCAGAGAAGCGCCGGCGCGGGGGCAGGGUGAGGCGCAGCAAGGCGGAGAAGCGGGUGCGGUUCGCGGCCGACGUCGUCGACAAUGAGGGCGCCCCGCGCCCGACCCGGACUUCCCCCGCUGCGGCGGGCACCUGCCGGGGCGCCGCGGCCGCGGAGCCGGACGAGCGGACGAUGAUGCCGCCCAACCGGGAGGCGCUCUACCGCGGCAUGCUCCGCGACCGCUCCGCCCACCGGGUCACCUGCUCCUACUGACCCCGACCGCCGCCGCCGGCCGGAGGGCGGAAUUAGCUUUUCCUUUCGUGCGGCGCUAGUCUUCGGUAGGCAGGCUGUUGACUUCCGGUUUCGUCCGUCCUUCUAGACGAGCGCCUGUUAAUAGAUUUUUCUAGUGUUUUCCUUCUCUAUUUUUACGCGUUGUAGAUUAAAUUUUUAGUCUUGUAUAAUUUCGCGUGCGUUCGGGCGAGGAAGCUCUGCUCUGUAAAUAUGCUGCGAUUUCAUCAGAAGUCAGAAGAGGGUGAAGAAAAAAAUUGAAGCCAUCGCUUGCUUCCACCA